GCACUAGACAACAAUAAAAACAACGAUACCACGAUCCAAGACCGUCGCAUCUCUUUCUAUCCGACAAAAUAUAGUUCAACUCAACAUGAAUACAGAAUAUACACCUCCACCCCUCCCCCCUCCAUUCUCACACACAACCCCGCCUCCAAUCCUCCUGGCCCAAGGCGCCGAAGCUCGAUUAUACAAAACCACAUUCCUCACACCAGACACACCAGCAGCGCUCAAAAUACGACCUACAAAACCCUAUCGACACGAACUACUAGAUCGACGCCUGACACGUCAGCGCGUCUUACACGAGGCAAGAUGUUUAAUGAAACUUGUCCGUGAAGGGGUCAGUGUCCCCGCCAUUCUGGCUCUGGAUUGGGAUCCAGCAACACCCGCAGAUGGACAGCGGUCUGUUGGGGCGUGGUUAAUGAUGGAAUGGAUUGAGGGGUUGGCUGUUAAGCAUAUAUUGGAGAGGUGGGAGAAGUGGAUGAAGAAAUCGAUCAAUACCGCCACUUCGGAAGAUUCAUAUUUCAAUAAAGAAGAGGAAGAGGCAAAAGUCAAAGAAUUGAUGAAGAGAAUUGGCCGUACGGUUGGGAGUAUGCAUAAGGUUGGCGUCGUUCAUGGGGAUCUUACCACGAGUAAUCUGAUCCUCAGACCACCGGUUGAUUCUUCUACGCCCUCGGAUAUCACGGAGUCGCCAUCAAUGGCGGGGGAUAUUGUGCUUAUUGAUUUCGGUCUUGCUAGUACGAGCUCCCACGAGGAAGAUCGUGCGGUUGAUUUAUAUGUCUUGGAGCGGGCAUUUGGAAGUACGCAUCCUAUGACAGAGAAUUUCUUCUCCGUGGUUCUAGACGGCUAUUCUGAAAGUUUUAAAGGCGCAAAAUUGGUCCUCAAAAAGUUAGAGGAUGUGAGAAUGCGCGGCCGGAAGCGAAAGAACCGCCCAAACGCCUCGCUAGGACUAAAUGCAGAAGAAGAUGAUCGAUAG